GGCGCCUAUUGCAGUUUGCGGUGGCAGGAGCGGAAGAACCGAGCACCUGGCUUAAAAAUGACGACAUCAUGGAGUGAUCGUCUCCAAAAUGCGGCAGACAUUCCUGCAAAUAUGGAUCGCCAUGCACUGAAAAAAUAUCGGCGUGAAGCUUAUCACAGGGUCUUUGUGAACAGGAGUCUAGCCAUGGAAAAAAUCAAGUGCUUCGGAUUUGAUAUGGAUUAUACACUUGCUGUAUACAAGUCUCCAGAAUAUGAAUCUCUCGGUUUUGAACUGACGGUUGAAAGAUUGGUGUCUAUCGGUUAUCCUCAAGAGCUUCUAAGUUUUGUGUAUGACCCAACAUUCCCCACCAGGGGUUUGGUGUUUGAUUCAACCUAUGGAAAUCUUUUGAAAGUUGAUGCCUAUGGAAAUAUCCUUGUUUGUGCACAUGGGUUUAACUUCAUGAGAGUACCUGAAACUAGGGAACAGUACCCAAAUAAAUUUAUCCAGAGAGAUGAUACAGAUCGCUUCUACAUCCUCAACACCCUGUUCAAUUUACCAGAAACUUACUUGCUGGCCUGCCUGGUAGAUUUCUUCACUAACUGCGACCGAUACACAAGCUGUGAAAAGGGGUUUAAAGAUGGAGAUCUGUUCAUGUCAUUCCGGAGCAUGUUCCAGGAUGUCAGAGAUGCUGUUGAUUGGGUUCAUUACAAGGGAACACUUAAGGAGAAGACCGCAGAGAAUUUUCCAAAGUUUGUUGUGAAAGAUUCAAAACUGCCUCUCCUGCUGAGUCGUAUGAAUGAAGUGGGGAAGGUUUUUCUCGUCACCAACAGCGACUAUAAAUAUACUCACAAAAUCAUGACUUAUCUGUUUGACUUCUCUCAUGGACCAAAGCCCGGGACCCCACAUCGGCUUUGGCAGUCUUAUUUUGACUUAAUAUUAGUGGAUGCGCGCAAACCACUAUUUUUUGGGGAAGGAACUGUGCUCAGACAAGUGGAUACUAACACGGGCAAGCUUAAAAUUGGGACCUACACAGGACCGUUGCAGCAUGGAAUUGUCUAUUCAGGAGGCUCUUCAGACAUUGUGUGCGACCUGUUAGGAGCUAAAGGGAAAGAUAUAUUGUAUAUUGGAGAUCACAUCUUCGGCGAUAUUUUGAAGUCCAAAAAGCGUCAGGGGUGGAGGACAUUCUUGGUCAUCCCGGAGAUGGCACAGGAGCUGCACGUGUGGACAGACAAAAGCUCACUUUUUGAAGAGCUUCAGAGCUUGGAUAUCUUCCUGGCAGAAUUGUACAAACAUCUGGACAGUAGCAGUAAUGAGAGGCCUGACAUCAGCUCCAUCCAGAGACGAAUUAAGAAAGUCACUCACGACAUGGACAUGUGCUAUGGGAUGAUGGGAAGCCUUUUCCGCAGUGGCUCCCGUCAGACGUUGUUUGCCAAUCAAGUGAUGCGAUAUGCAGAUCUCUAUGCAGCCUCCUUCAUCAAUCUCUUGUAUUACCCAUUCAGCUACCUUUUCAGAGCAGCACACGUCCUGAUGCCCCAUGAAUCUACCGUGGAGCAUAUUCAUGUAGAUAUUAAUGAAUCCGAAUCCCCAAUGGCAACAAGGAACAGCAGUUCCCUGGACUACAAAGACUCUGACUUCAAGCGACACCAUUUGACCCGCUCCAUCAGCGAGAUCAAACCUCCUAAUCUCUUCCCACAGACCCCACAGGAGAUUACUCACUGCCACGACGAGGAUGAUGAUGAGGAGGAAGAAGAGGAGGAGGAGGAGGAAGAAGAGUAGAAUGCUGCAAGCCAAUCAUUAUCCUAGACAGGAUAUAAUAGUAUCACCACAAGUCACUGUAAUAUUCUACAAGGAAACAUUUUCCUUCCAUGAGAGAAUUUUCCAUUCACACACAGAGAAAGAAACAUUUAUUUUUCUCUGGAAUUUAUUUCCUUUUUGUUUGUUUUUUUCCCGUCCAAAGUUCUGAACACAAGUUGGCAUUUGCACUCUCUUCCUCCAGGUCGUACAUUUCUGUCAGAGAGUUCCCCAGGCCUCUUCUGUGAGAGAUGGGGCACAGUAUUUACUACAUUCUUUUUUCUAUUGUAGUUUUUAUACUUCCUAAACCAUCCCGCAAUGUGUUGUCUGCAGAGCUGAGGGAUAACAAGGCACAUGGCUCCUUUGAGCACAUAGGUUUUGUAUAUUGCAAA